GUUAUGAAGAAAAUUAAUCAAUAAAUGCAAAAAAUUGCAGGUCGCAAUAGCUUUUAAGAAUCUCCUCAACGAAUGGAAAAGAAAACUUUAAAAAACUCAACUAAAGCAAUUAAAACAGAAAGGCCUUAAUAAAAAGGAAAAACAAAAUUAUAUGACUAUUUUAAGAAAGAAAGGAAUUCAUUAGCUUAAGCUGUAAAUAACAUUCGAGCUAAAUUGAAAGGGAGUAAAAGUAUUGAUAAUGUUUUUCUUUAAACAUAAAAAAGUGAAAGGGCAAAAACAUCAUAGCCAAAUGUAAAUCAUUUAGUAUAUAGAGUAGCAAAUUGAAUAGAGAGUAUAAACAGAUGAAGGAAACAGUUCUAAAAGAUUCAAUUUAAAAACUAAAAAUUUAUCAUUAGCAGCUGUUUCACUUGAAGUAUGAAUUAAAAAAAUAUAUUUUAGAAAAAAGAAAUUUCAAAAUAAGCAUCAACUACUAAGCAAUCUUAUAAUUAAUCUCCUUCUAGUUAAUCAAAACCAAUUUUAACUAAGUCUAAGUCAAAAGAUAAAUAUUUAUUUGAUAUGGUAAUUUUUAUUAUAUAUUUAAUAGUUAAAAAAUGCUCAAAUGAUAUCAAAUCAAUAUUAACAAUACUUUAAUUUGAAGUAAAAUAAGUAAUCUAUAUAAUCAGAUACUUCAACAAAUCAUAGAUAAUCUAUAGAUGAUAUGAUAAUAAGUUAAAAAUCAACAAAAGGAUCGCCUCAGCCUUACUCUUCAAAAUUAUUUAAAAAAAGAGAAAGUGACUCCAAAUCUCUUAAUUAAGGUUAUUCUAAAACAGAAUAAACUCCUUUAAUUAAAUAAUAAUCGAGAACUAAAAUAGAGGAAUAACUACAAUAUGAUCCUAAAAAAAAACUUCAAAUUAUUCUAUUUUAUAAAUAAACAAAGUAAAUUUUAUUUUAAAAUCUUAGAUAUUACUAUUUAUAUGAUUAUAUAAAUAAAAAAACAGAUAAUUUGUAUAACUUUCUUAUUGAAUAAAUUGCGAGUAUAGAGAUUACAUCAGCAAAAGUAGAAGGAGGUGGCACAGGUUCUACAGAAGAUUAACACAUAUAAGAUGGUAAAUGAAUGAUUAAUUUAGAAUUGGAUAAGAUUUGCCAAUUUAUAACAGUAACUAAAAAUAUUCCAUAUGAUUAUUAUCUUUCGCUGCCAGAUUUACCCUUAAAUAUAUUUUAAGGCAUAAUUCUCUAAUUGUAACCAUAGUAUGCAUAACCUUAAGCUACAAAGAGAGUUGGUUUAAAAGAUUUUAAUUUAAUAAAAUGUAUAGGAGUAGGAGGUUUUUCAAGAGUUUAUUUGGUGAAAAAAAAAGAUAAUGGUUAAUUUUAUGCAUUAAAAUUAAUUGAUAAAAAAUUUAUAUUUGAUAAUUCAAAAGAAGUGAUUGUUUAAAAUGAGAGGGACAUAAUGGUAAAAAUGGAAAAUUAAUAUAUAACAAAAUUACAUUAUGCAUUUGAAACAAGAUUUUAUAUUGCUUUUGUUUUAGAAUAUUGUGCAGGUGGAGAGUUAUUUUACCAUUUGAGAAGAUUAAAACGAUUUAAUGAAAAAGAAGCAAAAUAUUAUUUUGUUGAAGUAUGUAUAGGUAUGGCUUAUUUACAUUCAUAACAAAUUGUAUAUAGAGAUAUUAAACCUGAAAAUAUAUUAUUAGAUUUAUAAGGUCAUAUGAUGUUAAGUGAUUUUGGAUUAUCAAAACCAAAUAUGGAAGAGGGAGAAUUAGCUUAUUCCUUUUGUGGAUCUCCUGAGUAUAUGGCACCAGAAAUGUUAAUGAAAUGUGGACAUAGUUAUUUAGUAGAUUGCUAUUGUCUUGGAGCUCUUCUUUAUGAAUUAGUUUCAGGAUUACCUCCAUUUUAUUCUCAUAACACUGAAGAAAUUUAUAAUUCAAUAUUAACUGAAAAAGUUUAAUUUCCAGACUAUGUAUAGAUCUCGGAUCAACUAAAAGAUUUAAUAAUUAAACUUCUUUAAAAGGAUCCUGAUAAAAGAUUAGGAUAAAAUGGGGGUAUUGUUGAAAUUUUAACUCAUGCCUGGUUUCAUGAUGUUGACUUUGAAGGAAUUGUAAAUUAAACUCUUCUACCUCCUUAUAAACCAGAACCUUUGAAAUAUAAUUUUGAUGAAGAAGAAUUUAACAAAGGAGAUGCUGAAUUCAGAAAAUAAUACACAUAAAAUCUUUAAUAUGAAUAUUAAGUAUAUACAAACCUUUAUUAAAUUUAUUAGAAUGUAGAUAAUGCAAAUUACAAAUUGGAAAAUUUUUAUUAUGCGCGGCCAUAAUUAGAAUUUGCAAAUAGAACAAAUUAAAUUAAUACAAGUAAAAUAGUUUCAGAAAUUGUGUAAACGGAACCAUUAUCUGUAAAAUAAUAAACGAUAUCUAAAUUAAAGGUAAAAUAUAAUUAAAAAAAUAUUUAGAAUUCCCCUUAAGAAAGUAAGAAAGCCUUAAGAUCAAAUAUUAAGAGUGAAGCUCAUGAUUAUUUUAAAAAGCAUAAUCUUUUGGCGAAAUCUUCGUAGAUUCUUUAAUAAUCCUUAAAAAUUGGUCAUGCUUAUUCAAAAACCUUAUAAUAGCAAUCAAUGUCUAUUCAAGAUUUGAAAGUAAAAAGAAUAAAUAAUUUAGAAAUUAAAAUUAUUGUUUGAUCAGUCAAAAUAAUUAUUAAGCUCUGAUAGAUUGACAACAGUUCCUGAUUAAAAUAAUAAAAAUGUAAUAGAAAGAGUAAAAACAGAAUAAUUUGGUAAUUUGCCUUCUCCAAAAACAACAUCAAAUAAUACUGCAAAUAAAUUAGCAAAGUUUUCUUAAUUAUUUGGAUCAGAAAAGAGAAAAAAAUGA